UAUUUAUAUUUGUUAUUAUUUUUUUUUUUUUGAAAAGUUCGUUAAGAGAAUGUUAGAUAUCGUUAAGUAUGUUGCAAGUAAUAUUCGAACCUCUAUUUUUUUGACCCAGGCAAAACUCAAAUUAAAAUUGCACCUAAGAAUCUAACUCAUUCUCCUUCUUAUGGUAUUCAACAAAUAAUGAAAUAAUGUUUGUUAAAAUAUAUAUAUAUACCACAUUGCUGGAGGUACACAACAAUAAUCAGUAAAUUUACGUAAAUCCAUGUACAUAAAUACAUCCACAUAGCCUAUGUAUCCGCAUACAUUUGUAUGCGAUAAUAGGAACGGCCACCAUGAUUAACAAUGUCUCACAAUGUAACACCGGACAAACCUAAUUUAUAAACAAUUUUAAAUAAUAAGAGAAGAUGGAAUCUUAGUUUUAUCCUCCGCAAAGAUGUCAUGCCAGAAGCAUUCACGAUUCUGAGAAGAGUCUAGGGUUUUACGGAGUGCUGAAAAAUGCGUAUGAAAUUAAUUUCGUAAUAAGUAACAUAGUGUGGACAGUUUGGUCUUUUUUACAUUAAGUUUUCAAAUGCGACGCACACUGUACCCUGUAUGCUUUUUAUAAAAACAUUAAUAGCGGCAUUUCAUACAGAGAGUUUGCUCCGAGUAAGCUCAAUCACUAUUCAAGUUCUCCUCCAACUGUAAGGGCUUCUCACGUGUUUUGAUUGUAACAUAGCCACUACUUUCGUGGUAGUGGUGUAAGAGUAUAUUUUAUAUUUUGGCAUUGGUGGUGGUUUCCCGUAUGUUUUCGGUGUUGGUUUGGCUUUCCAAGCUUUUGGUUGUUGUAGUAGAAAAGUGGGCGUUUUAAAUUGCUGUCCAUAAAAUGGUAAAUACGAUUAUAUUACAUAGACGGAUAUCCAACGAGAGCUCAGCUGAGUGUAAAUGUUUUGCGCAGCUCCGCCUAUUUGUCGUCAAAAAAAUCUCCGUUUGAACGUAUCAGAUAAAAAAUAUUUUAUUACAGUGUUUGCAACGAGCUGGGGAAUCCUUACAGGUGCAACAGCAGCAGGUGCAUUUACAAUUAUGUAGAAGAGCAAGCAAUAGUACAAUUGAUAAUUUUUAACCUCAAAAACCUCUACUGAUUGUGGUUUUAGGGAGGACGGAUAUUUACACGCCCAUUGAUUAUAUAAAAAAAGGGAUGCUAGGAAUCACUCGUUUUUCAUACUUUCAUAUGCAAAUAUUCUUAUACAUAAGUGCAUACAUACUUAUGUAGGAGAUUUUAAUUGGCAGAACCUACCAUCUUCAGAAACUUCAACUACUUACUUACAUACAUACAUAUGUAUGUAUGUACAUACAUACGUACGAGUAUGAUAAUUGAAAUGUAUCAAUUAACGAAUACCUAAAGAAAACUAUAUAAUAUUGGUCUGGAGUUAAGAACGGCAAUAUGUAACUACAAUAUUUUACCUGCGGCUGGUACAAAAAAAGCAUAGCUUGCUGCAAAUAUGAGCACAUAAUUCAUAAAUUACAUAAUUAACAGAACAGUACGAACUUUAAAAUUUUAUAAUAAACGAGCGCAACAUGUUGGACACAGUAUAAUGGACAAGAAAUAUAACUAUAAACAACUUUAAUGGUCAAGUUAAUACGAAAUCGAAUCGAUUUAGCUUUGUAGUUAUAAUUAUUAUUAUUUAUUAAAAGGAUAAAAAAUUUGAGUAAACCAGUUUACACGCAUAUUAUUGUCAAUAUCCGACAGAAUUGUUCAGAUGUUAGCACUAUAUCGAAUAACUAGCUGUCAAACAAACUAAUCGAUCAAAAACAUGCUCUUGUAUGUAAAACUUUUUCAUUUGACAAGAUAUCUUUGCGACAAGACAACGGUUCAAUCCCAAAACCACUUGUUUAGGUUGGAUAUCUAUAGCUGUCAUAAAAACUGACCGAUUACGAGUAUAAUACAGUUUUAGUAAGAAAUCUUUAUAUUCGUGAAAGGUAUUAUAGCUUCGGUGAAAUGUAUGUUAAAGUAUUUUCUUGUUUUACUAUUUUUUGUAUAUUACAAGGUGUGUUCCAAAGCAACCAGGACUUUUUGAAUCUAGCGCCUACUGGUGGCGUCAUAUAUGCCGACUGGUGCGUUAGAAUAUGCUACAGUGCACUCGCGGUAACGUGAACACCGUCUAACGUGAACACCGGCUAACGUGAACACUCUGUUUUUACAUUGACUACUCUGUAACGUGAACAAACUUACUUAGAAAGCUCAGUAACGUGAACAAAAUUUUUGUUCACUACACUUUUUAUUAACAUACGGACAACACUGAAUACAUUAAAUUUUAUUUUUUAAGUUCGGGGAAUCCCCUAAUAUUGAAAAAUUUGCGCAAAUUUUUACCAUAUGACAACGACUUACUUCAGUUGAAGGUUUUUUCUUUCGCGGAGUGAUCAAUCAAUCGGAAUGAGUUCUAAAAAAUCGAAGUGUUUGCAAUUAAAAGAAAAAGCAGACAUUUUAGACAGUCUGAAAAAAGGAACAAGUGUGACUAACUUAGCAAAAAAAAAAUAUCGCUAACUCAACAAUAUGCAGUAUUAAAAAGAAAAAAGCCAUUUUAAAAUGCGUGAAUAAUACAUACCAAGGACCGGGAAAGAGAAAAACUUUAAAAUCAUCAGAGCUUCCAGCUAUGGAAAAAAGUCUAUACCUUUGGUUCAUCCGAAUUGUCCUGUAAGUGGAUUAAUGCUAAAAGAAAAGGCUAAGGAAUUGCAUUCUCUACUUAAAGAAAACGCGACCGGAUUCAAUGCUAGUGACGGAUGGCUCCAGAGAUUUAAGAAAAGAUACGGAGUUAGAUUGCUUAAAGUAUCUGGAGAAAAACUCUCAUCGCAGCCUCAAUUGGUUGAUCCAUUUAAACUGAAACUAAAACAAAAAAUUGAGGAAAUGGAGUUAUGUAAUGACCAAUUGUAUAAUGCUGACGAAUUUGGUUUAUUCUGGAAGCUUUUGCUAGAUAAGACCUAUGUAUCAUCGCAUGAAAAAACUGCUCCAGGAACAAAGACGGAGAAGCAGCGUAUAACAUUUCUCUGUUGCGCAAAUGCAUCGGGUGCACAUAAACAUAAACUUUUAGUAAUUGGUAAGGCAAAAAAUCCACGCAGCUUUAAACACUUUAGUUGCCCUACGGAUUAUAAGAACUCGAAAUCAGCCUGGAUGACGUCUGCCAUUUUUAAACAUUGGUUCCAUCAAUCUUUUGUGCCACAGGUAAGGUUGUUUCUAAAGCGGAAGAACUUACCAAUAAAGGCACUAUUACUUAUUGACAACGCUCCCUCUCAUCCAAGUGAAGCAGAAUUAAAAACUGAAGAUGGAAAUAUAAUUGCCAUGUUUAUGCCGCCAAAUGUCACCCCUCUUAUCCAACCUAUGGAUCAAAAUGCGAUUAAAAUAACGAAGUUAUAUUACAAAAACAGUUUGUUGGCUUCAAUAGCAGCAAAAAACUUAGAUUUGCUUGAAUCAAUGAAAAAUGUAACGUUGAACGAUGCUGUUACCCUUUUAUCUGUCGCGUGGGAUCGGGUCAGCACAGAAACUCUUGCCAAUUGUUGGAAAAACAUUUUAAGUUUAAUGGGAAACGAGGAGGACCCUGAACAUAACAUUCCAUUAAGUAUCCUGAAAGACAAAUGGAGUGCAGAUAUAAGCUCUUUAAUGCGAAUUUCAGUUGAUCUCCUUCAGGACUUGAGUCCUCAGGUAGAAGUUUUACGACACACUUUGAUAUCAUUAUUACUUUUUUCUAUUUUAGGUUGAGUUUACAUUGCCAAUGGGCUGGAGAUGCAAUGGUUGAUCAAAGCGACAUGAGUGUACUUAGACGCUUCAGGGAGAAAGCAGUAUUUCAGCUAUUAGAAAGGAAAAAGUAGCAGAAAAAGAUAACGGAUUUUUUUAAUAAAUAAAUCUAAUGUGAAAUAUUAUUCGCAAUUUAAUAUGUAGGUUCAUACCCAUGAACUUACUAAUGGCAAUAUUAAAAUACUUUUACAUUUAAAUGUGUAAAAAUCCUGAAUUUAGCAAUUUGAAGUUAUUUUGCGUCUUCAAAUUCGACAAUCGCUAACGUGAACAUUUUCACUAACGUGAACUCUCUUGGUUUUAAUUAGUUCACGUUACCGCGAGUGCACUGUAUUUUUUAUCGAUUGUUCAGUGAGAGUUUCAUGACAUUUCAUGGAUUGGAAGUGAAGUUAUUGCGUUUUAAGUGAAGUGUCAAUAUGUUUGUGUUAUCAGUGCGAAAAUGAGCUUCGAACAAAGAGAAAACAUUAAAUAUUAAAUUUUAUUUUAUAACUUUUACGAAACGUUUCAAUUGAUGAGAAUUGAUGAAGGUUUGUGCACGGUUUGUUCCGAACAAAUUGACUGGUUGAUCAGAAACCAACAUUCAAUUCGACGCUUGGGACCGAUUGUUUUACCAAAAAUCACAUUUUAACCAUUAACCACUCCCCGUAUUCACCUGAUAUGGCACCGUGCGACUUUCUCCUUUUCGGAAAAGUUCAUUUGCUCAUGAAAGGAAAGCGUUAUGCAGACGUAGAGACCAUUCAAAAGGCUUGCACCGACAUACUGGCGGCCAUACCGGCCAACGAGCUAAAACACUCGUUCGACAUGCUUUUGGACCGUGCAAAAAGCUGUAUUGAAGCAGAAGGAGACUAUUUUGAAUAAAAUAAAUUGAUUUUGCCGAAAAAAUCAUUUGUUCUGUUUUUUUUUAAGUCCUAUUUACUUUGGAACGCUCCUUGUAUAGUUCCAUUUUUACAAAUUUUUACAUGGUUAUUCUAGAUUUGUUUUUAAAUAUUAUCAUUCAUAUACAUACGUGUAUACAUAUGUAUAUAGUAUCUACAUUACCAACCAUUCCUUCUUACAGCUAUUUCUGUGGCUAACUUUGACAUUUGGUAUACAUAUAUGUACAUAUGUAAGUAGGUACUUGUGUACUGUUUACCAGUUGCUGCAGAGUAUUAUAGUUUUGUUCACCUAACGGUUGUACGUAUCACCUAAAACGAAUUGAGAUAGAUAUAGGGUUAUAUACAUAUGCAUAUAUUAAUGAUGAGGGUGAAAAGUUGAAAUCCAGUUGACCGUAUGUCUGUCCGUCCGUCCGUGCAAGCUGUAACUUGAGUAAAAAUUGAAAUAUUUUGAUGAAAUUUGGUAUGCAAGUUCUUUAGUACAAAAAAAAAAUUUUAGUUCAUAGAUGGGAUUGUAAUACUCGAAACUGACUUUUUAUUGAGUGCUUGAAAAAUUCAACAUUCAAUCUUUGUAAAAUAGAUUUUCCCUUCUGCGUCAUUAAUAAAAUGUUAUUGUCCUGAUAAAUUUUGAAGAUUUUUAUCUUACAGCCUUUUUUACAAAUAAAACAUCUGUUUUACUUUAUAGUGCAUAGUUGUGAAAAUCAAGUUGAUGGAGUCAAUGAUAAUAUUUUAGUUCCGGGGGAUAUCCGUCCGAUUGUUCUUGCAAACAAUUGCUUGAGUAAAAAUUUAGAUAUUUUGAUGAAAUGGAACCACUGUCCCCUUAUAAAAUACUGCUAAUCGAAAACUUAUCAUUU